AAUAAUAUCUUCAUGGUUAAAUAUUCUUCAAUAUUUAACAGUGAUAAGUUUGAAAAGCUUUUAUGUGCAUGCUAGUGCGUGGCCAAUAUCUUGUUCGUCGCAUUAUACAAAAUAUAUCAAUACACUACCUAGCAUAACAGUAUAAGUAGUAAAACAUCGUGUUCUGCCGUCCACACUCUGCAGUCAACGCACGCCGGUCGGUUUGCAAAAUAUUGGUGACGCUUUGUCAAUUUGUUUUCUCCGUUUGCCGGCUCUACGUGUUCGAAGUGUCAAAACUUGAAACGUUGCUAUCCGUUUUAUAUAAAUAAAUAUUAUAUUAUAGUAAUUGGUACACGCCACGGUUAAUUUGCUGGUCGACAGAGCGCACUGCCAUGUCUGAUGGUCCGGAGAGCAGCAGUAAAGUCUUGCCGAUUAACACGGAAAACGUCUUCUCGAUUUUGGAUUCUAAUGAGUUAGUUGUAAUUAUCUUCUACACUCAAUACGAUUCAAAAUAUAGUAAAUUUGAAUCGAUAGUCAAUGAAGCUGCUAUGAAAGUGUUUGAACUUUAUUCGGAUCCCGGUAAAGUUGUUUUCGGCAAAUCAUGUUGUAGUGAAAAAUGGAUCUAUUCAGGAGGUUAUAAAUUUUAUGUGCAUGAUCUAUACAUAAAAGUUUUCAUACACGGAAAGCUAUCGACAGUUUAUUUUAAUAACUUAGACUACAUGUCAGUCCAGGAAUUUGUGUCUUAUGUUCAAAACCGACUUGACGGUUCCAUACAAGAAAUAUCCAGUACCUGCAGUAUUCCCGACAAUCCUAAAGUUGCACACGCUAAAGCUAUAACUGGAUAUUUCAAAAAUAAAUAUUCAUCAGCUUAUCGGAUAUUUAGAAAAGUAUCAAUGAACCUAAUGGAUAUUUGUAGGUUUUACGCUGGAUUCGGAGAAAAAUAUUCUACUAUGUACUCUGGUAACCAGAACGAAUCAUUAAUCAUAUUCAAGAUUUCCGACCAACCAUCUCCAGAAUUUGAACAAGAAAUAUUUAGUGGCGAUUCAUCAGAUUACGAAUCACUCUAUGCUUGGGGAACAAAAAGCUGUCUACAGUCAACGAGUGAAAUUACAUUUGAUAAUGCUAUGGAAUUGGAUAUAGAUCAAAACAUUUCUUUAAUUCUUUUCUACAAUCCAGAUGAUCUCAAACCUGUUAGACAGUUCAAGGAUAUUAUUAAAACAGAUUUAGAAGAAUGGCGUGAUCGUUUUAAAUUCUUUACUGCAGAUGGUCAAACAUUUUCUCUAAAAUUACAACAAAUUGGAAAAACUAUAACUGAUUUACCGUUUGUAAUUUUGAACAGUUUCAAUACAAUCUAUUUUUUUCCUGAAAAUAUUAAUUUUACUACUCAUCAUGAAUUAAAAAAAUGCAUACAAAACUAUUAUUUACCUUGUAAGAAAAGAACUGUAAAUAUUUUUCCGAAUUAUAUUUUCCACUUAUUUAGAAAAAUAUCCAGAGAACCGGUGAAACUUGAAAAGAUAGUUUUAUCCAGUUCAGACAGCGAUGAAGAUGAUGGUUUCGGUCUAUUUGAUUAAUUUUAUGAAGUCAUCAUCCACACGGUGUAUUGAACAUUCUUAAUAUUUCCAUUUUGUACCGUUCAAACAAUACUAAUAAGAAUAUAAUGCUUAAUAAAUGUCUUA